GCGCGGGGGCUCUUUCGCCAGGUGCUGGAGGCCGUGCAGCACUGCAGCAGCUGCGGGGUCCUGCACAGGGACAUAAAACCGGAGAACAUCCUGCUCGACCUGGCCACUGGGCAGCUGAAAUUGAUCGACUUUGGCUGUGGCGCCUUCCUGCAAGACACAGCCUACACCCAGUUUGCAGGAACCCUGUCCUACAGCCCACCAGAGUGGAUCCACCAGCAACGCUACCAUGGCCAGGCAGCAACAAUCUGGUCCCUGGGCCUCCUGCUCUACCAGCUGGUCAUAGGGAAGCACCCAUUCAUGAGGGGCCAGCAGAUCAUCUGGGGGCGGAUCUUGUUCCCACGACGGCUCUCCCAAGAAUGCCAAGAUAUUAUUAAGAGGUGUUUGUCCAUGCAACCCUCGGACAGGCCAUCCUUAGAAGACCUUUUGCGCGAUCCUUGGAUGCAGGCUGUUCAUCUGCCCUAGGAGAUGGGAGAGAUCCACAUGCACAGUUGGAUCCAGGGGCCUGGCAGGUAA